UCACCGGUUCCGAGCUUUCUGUUCUCUAGGGUCCUCUCAAUCUCCCUGAUCAGCAGAUGGAGUGACUCACUAGAGUUGCAGAACCCAGAGAGGGGUCCCGUCAUUCUCUGUCCUGGCUGACCUUAGAGGACAAGGGUCAAAACGUUGGCUGCUUUUUCCUUGGCCCUUUUACUUCCUUGACUUUUGUCUCCAAGUUUUUGGUUUUAAACACCCAGCAAGCCUGUUUCACCAGUCAGAUGGCCAAAGUUGUGACUUAGUCCGGAGUUCAGUUUCCUUUUUCUCAAAGUGGACCAUGAUGGAGCAACCAGUACUGUCCCCUAACUCUCCUGCAGUUGGCUGUCAACAAGUUCACCAGCACCAUGAAUCCUCAUCAUGGGAAUGGGGUUCCUUGGAGAGCCAGGCCUGCCCAAGAAAUCUGGAGCAGGGGCUACUCUCGGUUGCUAAGUUUGUUGUUGAAAGCUUGGUCUUGAGAUUUUCAAAGUAGAAAAUGAACUGCAUUUAGUUAAUUGUUGAAGUGUAAUUUACGUCCAGUGAGGGGCACAGGUCUUGUAUCCAGUUCCAUGGGUUCUGAUAUACACAUCCACCCACUUACUCCAUGCUCCUGUCAGAUGUAGUACCUGCCCGUCAUCCCUUGAGGUUGCCUUUCAAGCCUUUCAGGACCGUGCCUCAGCAAGUGUUUGUGACCUGACCACUUUCUGUAGUGUCAUGGAGUCACAUCCCACCUACAGCUGUGCCACCCACCACUCAGCCAUAUGGGUGUAUUUCUGGUGUGGCUAAAGAAGUUAUGUGCAAUUUUGGACCGUUUUUGUGGGCAUGUGUUUUUCUUUCUCUUGGGAGGACAGCAGGAGUGCCACUGCCAUGGCCAGGUGUGCAGUUCCUCAGCUCUGCAUCCCCACCAUCCAGGUGCCUGGUGUCUGUCAUUCAUCUCCCAUGGUGUGAUGAUGGCAUGCAUUUUUCUUCUGUGUAUUAUGUGCUCAGAUGUCUGUUCUGAAGUGUCUCAAGGCUUCACCAUGUUUUUUAUUACUGAGUUGUGACAGUCUAAUCUGUAUUCUAUAAACAGGGCUUUUAUUAGGUAGUAUUUGUCUUGCAAAUAUUAACACCCCACACUCUUUUUUUUUUUUUUUUGGCUACAGGGGAUUGAACCCAGAGGUUCUUUACCACUGAGCUAUGUUCCAAUCAUUUUUAAGAUUUUGAGGGGCUUCACUAAAUUGCCUUGGCCUCCAGAGUCCCAUUCUUUGAACUGCCUAUUCAUGUUAUCAAUAGUGUAAUUUACAUUUUUUUAUUUUGGAACAGAUUUAGACUCUUAUUUUGGGACAGAUGCACUUGCCCCGAGAUAACGGCUCACCUGACCUUGUUCGAACUUGCCCUGAGGUAACGACGGGCUCACCUGACCUUGGUGCCCUUAUAAGUUAUGGGGCUGCAGUGGCAUCACUGUGCAUGUCCCCAGCUUUGCCCCUCCAGGGCCCAAUGCAGGACCCCACAUUGUGUUUGGCUGCUGUGUCUUCCCCAGGCUGUGGCUGUGUCUCACUCUCUGGUGAAUUCUUAGGAUCUGAAGAGGCUUGGUGGAGUGUUUGUAGAACAUCCUGUUUGGGUUCCUCAGGUGGACUGACAUGAGGGACUGUCACGUCACUCAUGGCAGACUGAAGGAGCACCAGGGGUGAUCAGGACCUCAGUGGACAGAACUUGCUGAUAGAUCUGAUUACAUAAUCAGAUCUAUGUGUCUGUAAUCUCUAACCUGGAACAUGCUGUUAGGCUGUUGCCACUCUGGCCUCAAACUGGAACAUCUCUGCAUUCUUCCUGAGGACCUGCCUGGAAAGGAAGUGGGGACUGCUGCUGUGGAAGAGUGUCCUCGGUGCCAAGGUGUCCUACAGUGUGCUGCUCCCACCCCGCAGCUGUGUUUAAGUGCAGAGUUUCCUGGAGGCCCCGCUGUCCUCCUGCUCCUGGCAUGGCACUGCAACGCUUCACGCUCCUGGCUGGCCUUCUGGUGGGAGUUGCCAGCAAGUCCACAGAAAGCGAGAGCCUGCUAUUGUCACCCCUCCAGGCCCAGCAGCCUGAGUGCUGUGUGGACGUGAUGGACGCCAACACCACAUGCCCAAGCACAGGCCUGUGUGGCCCAGGCUGCUAUAGACGCUGGAACGCGGACGGGAGCACCAGCUGCAUCCGGUGCAGGAACGGGACGGUGCUGACCUAUAACAGCUCUGAGUGCAGAAGCCUUGCUGCCUGGGGUGCGCAGUUCCCCAUGAACAGAAGCACAGGGCUGCCUGGACGGCCACAUUUUGAUUGUCCACAGUCCUUGGCCCUGAGCCAUCCUGUCCUGACACUGAGCAGGUACAGAUGGGCAAGGAGCAGCUGCCAGCACCCGAGAGGUAGAGUGUGGCAGAAGCACCUGCUGCAGGAAGCCUGGGCCUAUGUCCAGGUGUGCUGGCCCCUUGCUCCCUGUGAGGGCUCAGGGGGUUCGCACGUGGCAGCUUCCCUCUUCCUGGGGACGUUCUUCGUCAGCGCGGCUCUCAUCCUCUGUGUGGCUGGGUUCUUCUACCUCAAGCGCUCCAGUAAGCUCCCCAGGGUCUUCUACAGGAGAGACAAAGCCCCAGGCCUGCAGCCUGGCGAAGUCGCUGCAAUGAUCCCCCCACCACAGUCCUCAGUGCGAAAACCAAGAUAUGUCAGGCGCGAGCGGCCUCUGGACCGGGCCAUGGACCCUUCUGCCUUCUCCACAGCAGAGGCCCGAGUCAGCAACGUCUGACCUGGAAGCUGAUCAAGACUGCACUACCUGCAGCUUGGAGGCUGGAGGACUCCUCAAUGAGCCCCCCACACAAAGGGCUUGUCACCUGGGGCUUGGGACAGGCCAGACCUGGCUCCCAGUGAGUGACAGGCUGAAUGGGAACCACCCACUGGUUCUUGAAAGUCCUUUUGCUCCAUCCACACUGCUUGGUUUGACCAACAGGAGCGGGCAGAUGUGAGACUGGGGGCUCAGGCCACAGCCAGACCCACAUAGCCAGAACUGUUAGCAGACGGCAGGGGUCACUAGGCUGCUUUGCACCUUGAGAAACCAGGGGAGGCUCUACCGUCUGGAGUCCAUGGUAGCAGGACCCCUCCAGUACCCCCAGCCCAGUGGCCCCCACAGACCCUCUAAGAGGAGUGAAGCUGAGGCCUGGCCGGCAGGCAGGACGUGGCUGUGAACCAGCUGCCUAAGUCUGAGGCCUUCAGGUCGUCUUGCUCCUGUGGUGGCUGGGAGGCCACAGCCACACCCUCAGGAGCUACAGAACUGAGUUCCCUGAGGCACUGCUGUCCCAAUCCCAGUCCUUGCACCCCAGGCAUGACACACUGGCCAGCAGACACCCAGGCUGGGCACCCACAGUGUCCACACAUGGGUCUUCCACAUCCGAAUCCCCAGGUUUUCGGGCCCGUGGAAGGCAUGCUGGCCAGCGGCCCUUGCCCGGUGGUCCUGUCCCAGCCAUCCCAGGCCACCAGACACUGCCUGCACAUGGCUAGCUUGGCUGGGGCCACCAGCCCAGGCUUCCUGUAGAGGAGGCUCGAUGGUGGCCGCCUCCUACGUGCUGGGCUCAGCACUUAGUGGUCUGUCACCGUCCUCAGGUGUCCUGCCUCAUUUCCAUUGAGCCUGGCCCACUUCUUGGGGACGUGGCUGUGCUCUUGGCACUGUGAUUCUGUGUGCAGCUCAUCAUCCGCGAGUGGUGGACUUGAUCUCCGAGGCUGGCCAGCCACUGGCCCAGCAACAGGGGUGGGGUCCCAAUCUGAAGUCAAGUCGAGUAAACUAUUCAGAGCUUC